UCUGUUGCUAGGUAUCAGAUUGAAGUGAAUCGUGUCCCUGCUGGUAACUGGGUGUUGAUUGAAGGGUGCGACCAGCCUAUUGUUAAAACGGCCACAAUCACAGAGCCCCGUGGAAAUGAAGAGGCUCAGAUCUUCAGGCCAUUGAAGUUUAACACGGCAUCAGUGAUAAAAAUCGCUGUGGAGCCGGUCAAUCCCUCAGAACUGCCCAAGAUGUUGGAUGGACUCAGAAAAGUCAACAAGAGUUAUCCAUCACUUACAACAAAGGUGGAGGAGUCAGGUGAACAUGUGAUUCUUGGUACAGGUGAGCUGUACCUGGACUGUGUAAUGCACGACCUGCGGAAGAUGUACUCUGAGAUCGAUAUCAAGGUGGCUGAUCCAGUGGUGACCUUCUGUGAGACUGUGGUAGAGACGUCCUCCCUGAAGUGUUUUGCUGAAACGCCCAAUAAAAAGAAUAAGAUUACCAUGAUUGCUGAGCCAUUGGAGAAGGGUCUAGCCGAAGACAUUGAGAACGAGGUGGUGCAGAUCACAUGGAACAGAAAAAAGUUGGGAGAGUUUUUCCAGACAAAGUAUGACUGGGAUUUGCUAGCAGCUCGUUCAAUUUGGGCUUUUGGACCUGACACAACCGGGCCCAACAUUUUAGUAGAUGACACUUUGCCCUCUGAGGUAGAUAAAGCUCUUCUCGGCUCAGUGAAGGACAGCAUUGUACAGGGCUUCCAGUGGGGCACACGUGAGGGUCCUUUGUGUGAUGAACCAAUCCGCAACGUGAAGUUUAAGAUCCUGGACGCAGUGAUCGCACAGGAGCCGCUGCACAGAGGAGGAGGACAGGUCAUCCCUACAGCUCGCAGAGUCGUCUACUCUGCCUUCCUGAUGGCCACGCCCAGGCUGAUGGAGCCCUAUUACUUUGUGGAGGUUCAGGCCCCUGCUGACUGCGUUUCUGCUGUGUACACAGUGCUGGCACGCAGGAGAGGUCAUGUGACGCAGGAUGCGCCAAUCCCUGGCUCUCCUCUCUACGCCAUCAAGGCUUUCAUUCCCGCUAUUGACUCGUUUGGCUUUGAAACUGAUCUCCGCACACACACGCAGGGCCAGGCCUUCGCGCUCAGUGUGUUCCACCACUGGCAGAUUGUUCCCGGUGAUCCUCUGGAUAAGAGCAUUGUGAUUCGUCCUCUAGAGCCUCAACCGGCCCCUCAUCUGGCCAGAGAGUUUAUGAUCAAAACCCGCAGGCGCAAAGGCUUGAGUGAGGAUGUCAGUAUCAGCAAGUUCUUCGAUGACCCUAUGUUGUUGGAGCUGGCCAAACAAGAUGUGGUGCUCAACUACCCGAUGUGAUAUGACAAAUGAACUUAACUCAUCCCAUCAUUCCCCUUCAGCUUCACCAGACUUGCCCCUACUACAAAUCAAUCCAGUUCUGUAUGAUGGAAUUUAAAAAACGUCUUUUUUUUAAUGUAAAGUGCUAGAAACAUAAACACCGAUUACUGUUGAUGUUAAUGCAGACUUUCCUAAAUUAACCUGUGACCUCCAAGAGCUCCCUUCUAAUUUUGUUCUUUGUUUAUUUUUAUGUUUGACAAGUGUUUUUGUAGUAUAAGAUGAUGUGAAGAACAGGCAAGUCUUUUUUCAAGAAGGUUUUUUUUUUUUUAAAUGUGUCUGAAAUCUCUUUAAGGUCUUACAUUUGUAUAAGUGUGAUUAAAAGCAUUUGGCCUGUGGA